GGCGGGGUGGAGUCAACAGAGUUCAUUCGCUGGCAAUGGCGACGGCGCUCGCCCGUGCGUCUCGCCGCCUCUGCGCGGCACGGCCGAGCCCGCCCGGGUCGGCGGCGGCGGCGGCGGCAGGACGCGGUGUGCCCGGGGCUGCUGCGAGCUCGGCGGCCUCUCCCGAUAAGGCGGAGAGGGAGGCCCCGCUCACCGUGCGCAGCGAAUGCGACGGGGUCAGAAGCAUAAUUCUGAACAACCCUCGCAAGAGAAAUGUGCUGUCACUCGCCAUGCUGCGCUCCCUCCGCAACGACCUCACUGAUGGCCUCAACAACCCUGCGCUGCGGGUCAUAAUCAUCUCUGCUGUGGGUCCUGUCUUCUCGUCGGGCCAUGAUCUGUCGGAGUUGACGGCGGAGUACGGGCGAGAGCAUCAUACUCGAGUGUUUGAGACCUGCACGGAGGUCAUGCGCACGAUCCAGCGUUUGCCGGUGCCCGUGAUGGCGAAGGUGGACGGCCUAGCGACGGCUGCGGGCUGCCAGCUCGUGGCGUCAUGUGACCUGGCUCUGGCGUCGGAGCGCUCUCGCUUUGCCACACCCGGGGUGCACGUCGGCCUCUUCUGCUCCACGCCCGGCGUGGCCCUCGGCCGCUCGGUGCCCAAGAAGGUGGCCAUGGAGAUGCUGCUGACGGGCGAGCCCAUCUCGGCGUCCGAGGCCCUGGCGCACGGGCUGCUGAGCCGCGUGGUGCCGGUGGAACGUCUCGACGGAGAGGUGGAGCGCGUGGCGCGCUCGGUGUGCCGCCUGAGCCGCAGCGUGCUCGCGCUGGGCAAGCGAGCCUUCCUGGGCCAGAUGAGCCGCGACUGGGACGCCGCGUAUGCGCUAGCACAGGCCGCAAUGCUCGAUAAUCUGCAGCUGCCCGACGGCCAGGAGGGCAUCAGGGCGUUUGUGGAGAAGCGGACACCUCAGUGGGAACUGGUGCCCGGGCCGGUUCAUGAGGGCAGUGGUCGUGGGGAUGGCGCCAGAGAAUGAGAACACCCCACCCCCCCCCCCCAGUGGUGUCAUAGGUAUUGAAUUGGCAUCUUUAGUUCUGGGUUGAAGCAUUCUGGGUGCCCCUGUAGUGGCGAAUACGAAUAAUAGACAUGCCUGGGGACUCGGUGUCUCUGUGCUAAAACUCUUGAGGAUGGGUUCCUUUCUUUCGUGGCCCAUAUUGGCAUCGUGGGGUGGAGCGGUGGCACAUUGGCUAGCGCAACGCGCAAUUAAACUAGUGUCAUAAGUUCAGUUCCCGGCCAUGGUUAACAUCAGUGGCGGUCGACGUUUGAACUGGUCCUACGCCCCCCUUACCUAACCCGUGCAUACAAACAAGGUCUUUAUCCAAUUCUGGGUGAAGAAAGGGCUGAAAUAUAUUCAGAGCUUUGCUAUCCGAUUAUUUAAGUGACUGACCAUUAUUCCGAUAUAUUGGUUAAUUUACUCCUAUUGGAAAAAAGUCUCACCUCUAUUUCCAUUUGUGCCGCUGGUCGGGAGGUUAUUGGCGAGGCUUGGUGAUGUCAUCGGCAUCAUCAGUCUCUUCACACUGGAUGUGGCCUUGUAGGGGGUUUCCUGCCUUCAGGAAGCAGGAUAUCGAGGUGGUGCUAUCUUUAAAGGGGGUCCAAGUAAUCGACCACAAAACACUAUUCGAUUAUAACUUUAAGCCAAUUAAUCGACUUAUUCUACAAUUCGUACUGGCUCUAAUACGAUCAGAAUUAAAUGUAAUGGCUUGGUAGCCAUUUGAACUCUUAUAGGUACGACAGCCCUUGUUACACAGCACUGAACCAACUCGGUUUAAACCCUCUCCCUCUGGGUGUCUUUCCAAUUAUUGUAUCUAUAGGUACUGAGCCACCACCUCUUGACAUUCUGGCUUCAAGCCGUUUGGAAAACGUAGAUUGAAUUCUUGGUUCUUCUCAUACAAAUAUAUGUUAAAAGACUUGUGGUAUUGCCAUCUUAUACAGUUAACAUUGAUCAAGGUUCACCCUGAAAGCGUUUACAGUAUUUGGCAGAUACACACAGAACAAAUAAUCCAUCAGCAUAGGUGAAGACGGUGCAGGCUAAUAUGUAGGUGGACCCCCUGCAGGAGGAGAAAGUCAAUGAUGGCUCUUCCAGGGUUGUUCUCCGACGUCACAUACAGCACCUCUGCUGCUUUCAGAGGAAUCGGGAAUUACGAUUUUGCCCAGACUCACCAAACGGUGCAGAUGGAAUUAAGAUGCUAAAUGCAAAAAAAAAGUGCUUUAAUGUUGACCUAUGCACCUGUGACUUAUUGAUAUGUAGCCUUUGGGGUAUAAUUAACUGCCCGUUUACAUUUUGAAUUAUAUCCCAGCUAUCCAACAUUGAAACCAUGCGCCAGUUUCAUUCUUAUUGCAGGAUCAUCGGCACAUUAUAUCCAAACCUCAAAUCGAAGUUUUUUUUAAAUUGCCUUUUAAACUGAGGCUGCCUUGUUUUGUCUGGUUUAUGAUUCUUAAUGAGAGAAAAUUUCCUUCAGAAAUAUUUAACAUCUGCCGUGCACAAUGAAAACAAAGUGGCUUAUUAAGCAGGUGCACACAUCUUAACCUAAUUUUGUUGAGUAAUUUAACACUAAUGCAUUCAUACGUAAAAAAAUACACUUGUGGAGUGUUGAGCAUAUAAAUUUAUGGACCCCACCUAAAAUGCAUUUUUAAAAGGCGAUGUUUCAAAUGCAACAGAAUCGCGGUGAUUCCAAAUUCUGGGAGCGAAGAUGGAUGGGAUAUAUAUGUAAAAUACAGCUGGUUUGCCCUUGAAUUGUAAAAUGCACGUAUAUGCUAAAAACAAUGCCUGGAGAAUAAUGCAAGGUGAUCAUUUCUGGGAUAACAAUAUUGUAAUAUUCAAUUGAAGUCAGCCUAAUUAACUUUCUGUCAUCACUUGUUAUUGAUCAAGUUCUCUAUGCCCACGACACAUUGCCUGGCAUCUUGAUGAUGCCUGUCCACAAUUGUGUUACACUGUGUUACACUGUGUUCUCGUGAUGCAUUUUGUGAUCUAUGAGUUGUAUAUCGAUCCAACACACCUGCACAAUAUAUUUCUUUUGAAGUACCAUCAAGCAACGUGGCCUUGUUUUAACUACAUAUACGUUUACUGAUUUAAGUCUGAAAUAGAAAUGUGUACUCUUGUCAAGUUCUAAGUAUUAAUAAAAUAUAGUAGUUUAAAAGUGAAAAA